AAUUUCACCUUGUGUGAUUUUCCACAUUGUCUUGUUUUAUCACCACUGGACGUGGAGUGUGGCACACAAAGCGCCGGGUGACGCUUCGCCAGAAAGAUUAUUAUGCAGAGUUUGGAUGAAGAAUUUUGGGGUUUGCUUUCUCUGUUCAUAUCGGAGAUGUGGAGAGAGGGAGGGAAAACGAGCAAGAGAGAGAGAGAGCGAGAGGGAUUUCGCUGUAAUCAUGUACGGAGAGUAUUGAUUUCGUGAGCGCACUCCAAUUGGCAGCAUCUCCACUACAGCGCCGGCGCGUCAUCCUCGGUUCACAUCGACGGAACUAGUUGUAAGCAAAUGAGAACAUGUGUGGGAUCCGAGAGAGUGAGAAAAGGCAAGGGGGAUAGAGGGUAGCAAGAGGAGGUGUGAUAAAAGACUAUUUCAUCAACCUGACAAGUGGAUACGAAAUUCGAUCGCUGGACUAUAUAUUUAUUUUCUUGAUAUUUCUCAGACUGGGAAUUUAUCGAUUCGUCAUGCGCACUCCUCUUCAUUAUAAUUGCAGACAGUUGGGUGCUGUUCAGGCUGAAUAGACUUGAAUGUGCCGCUGCCAGCUUAAUCCGUGCAGACUGGAAGAUUUAAUAAUUCACGGUAAUCACGCAUUAUCGCCUCAGUGGAUGCUCUCAACACAGCUCUGGUGAUUUCUCCCUCUCUUUCCCUUUUCUUCCCGGUGUCUUCUGGAGGAUUUAUCGACGACUGCUUUGCAAAUAUGCUCCUUAUCUGAAAUAUCAUCUGUUGCUGCAACUGGAUUGAAAAGCCCCCAUGACUGGCUCUCACACGCGUUUGAGAUAGACUGCCCUUUGGUGAUGUGGACUUAAAAAGGAAGCAUUUUAUUCACCGUUUGAUAUUUUACUCCAGGUAAAAUGGACGAAAAAUUAUUAUUACUUUUAUUACUUCUCUUGUCUCUACACGCGAGGCUGUGAUUUUGAGGCUGUGUAUUCAUCAUGAUCCUUUUACUCCGCUGAAUUGCCUUUUGAUUGAUUCAGGCUGUAAGCUUAAUAGCGUUAUUACAAGGCAAAUUUCAACGUGAAGUGAUAGGACAGUUGGAUACGGGAAUCGUGGAGGUAUUUCCCUCCCCUGCUCUUUAUUUGAUUUUUUGUUUCUUCUCCAUUUUUAACUGAAGGGUAAAUGUUGAUGAUGGAGGACGACGAAUUAGACACUCAUCAGGUUGAUUCGGAUUUCGAGCCGCAAAGCCGGCCUCGCUCAUGCACCUGGCCGCUGCCAUGCCCGGAGGAUUUCCCCGGUGGACAAGAGGUCAGUGGGGUUCUUCCACUGGCCAACAUCAAGGUGGAACCAGAGGACGUCCCGGCUUGUAUAGCGGGGCUCGUGGGUGGAACGCCGGGAGAACUGAAGCAUCCAGCCGGCGCCCCGGCACCCACAGGCACGACGCACCCAUGCCUGGCUGGCGCGGCGCUCGAUGUGACCGGACCGCUGCGCAAAGCCAAAUCCUCGCGGCGGAACGCGUGGGGGAACCAGUCCUACGCGGAUCUCAUUACCCGCGCCAUUGAGAGCACCCCAGAAAAGAGACUCACACUGUCACAGAUAUAUGACUGGAUGGUCCGUUAUGUGCCCUAUUUCAAGGAUAAGGGCGACAGUAAUAGCUCAGCUGGCUGGAAGAACUCCAUCCGACACAACCUAUCCCUCCACACACGUUUUAUCAGGGUGCAGAAUGAGGGAACAGGGAAGAGUUCCUGGUGGAUGCUGAACCCAGAUGGAGGAAAGAUGGGAAAAUCUCCCCGACGGCGAGCAGUCUCCAUGGACAACAGCACUAAAUACCUAAAAAGCAAAGGCCGCGUCAGAGGCAAGAGGGUUGGCCGUCCUGGGAUAGGAGCAGGCUCUGUUGUGGUUGGGCUCCAGGGCUCCCCUGACCAAGGCAGCCCACCACGGAAAGGACUUGCAGGAACUGGAGGUGCAUCUGGGACAGAUGGAGAGUUUGAUGCUUGGACAGACCUCCAUUCCAGGGCUAGUUCGUCAGCUUCCACAUUGAGUGGGCGUCUGUCACCCAUUCUCGCAGAGGGAGAGCCAGAGGAACCCGAAGAGGGGGGCCUGUCUUGUUCCACCUCCCCCCACCUCUACCCCUCACCGACCAGUGCCCGCUCUCCACCCAUGGGGGCCGGGAAUCUCUGUCCUCCCCUUGAGCAGCUGCCUCAGCUGGCUAACCUGACAGGUGCCAUCAGUCUGGAUGAGAAGCUGAUGGAGGAUAGUUAUCAUCACCAUCACCCACCGCAGCCACAACACCAGCAGCAUCCAGCUGUUGGCAGACAUAAGCACCAAACCCCUGUCUACCACUACAGUUCUGGAGUGAAGGGGCAGAGCCCCUAUGGUGCAGGCGUCUAUGGUGCAACAGGCAUGGGGAUGCUACGCCACCACUCACCCAUGCAGACCAUUCAGGAGAACAAGCCAGCAAGUUUCUCUGGAACCAUGCGGGCAUACUCCAGCACCAAUGCCCUACAGAGUCUGCUAACAGGGGGUCCAGCUAGGCAGCAAUACUGUUCCAAGGACAUGAUGCUGGGACAGGAGAGGGAAAGCCAUCCUAUGAUGGGUCAAGCUAGUAAUGGAGUAGGCUCCAAUCAUCACAGCCACCAUCCUGGCCACCACAAUGGCCACAGACACAAUGGACCUCAUAGUCACAGCACAGCUCAUAGCCAUAACAGAACUCACAGCCAUACUAGUAGUCAUAAUCACAACAAUGUCACCAACCACAACCACAACUCACCUCACAGCCUCACUCACAACGGUCACAACCUCAGCCAGAGCCAUAAUCACACACCACCCCGGGCUGUGGCCCUCAUUCCACGCGGCAACAGCAAUCAGCUGCAGACCUACAACCACAAAGCUCCCUACCUGUACAGCCCCCCAUCACAUGCACAUCUCCCUGCCUCCACCACCCUGCCUCCAAACCCAGCAGGUAUGCUUGGCAUGCCCCAGGACUCCUGCCACGUGGCCACUGCCCCACACCCCCGUCACAACCAUUACCCCGACCCACAACACCAAGGCAUGACUAACGGACCCUAUCACCAUGGCCAGGGGAUGGGGAACGGUAGUGUUGGUAGCAACUACCAUGGCUAUCACCAACCUCACCCCCAUGAGAGACUACCAGCUGACCUGGACAUUGACAUGUUCCAUGGUAGCUUGGACUGCGAUGUGGAGUCCAUCCUCCUCCAUGACAUUAUGGACUCUGGGGAGGAAAUGGACUUUAACUUUGACUGCUCCCUAGCCCAGGGGGUGGGCAUUGGCAUGGGUAUGGGCAUGGGUGUGACCAUGGGCAUGGGGAUGGGAAUGAGCAGUCUGACUGGUCCACAGCAAGCUCAUAGCAACCAGAGCUGGGUGCCUGGCUGAAGUCUAGGACAACACAUCCUAUCCUCUGAACUAAAAGAACUACCCUACCCAUGAAGCACUGUGCUCAACUGUGACAUUCCUGACUUGACACAGAGACUAUAGGACCAACAGUCCUGUCCCGUUUGUUGUCUUGACUAUUCUUCUUACACCCUAUCCUCUUUUGAUUUCCCCCCCCCCCAGAGAGCUAGUUCAUGUCAUUUUAGGUUUUUCUUCAUAUUAGCUAUUCUGUGAUGACAAUCUCUCAGCUGUACUUGCCCAACAUCGCUUCUCAUCUACCAUGAGAAAUGAACUCUCAAUGCACUUUAUUGCAAGUGGGUCACAUCUUGCAGUGCGACACGUUCACAGAGCAGCUCAGGCAGAGCUUGACAUGUUUUGUAGGUUGGCUGCAGUAUUUGACGGCAACAAAUGAGUAAAUUACAAGCUCCGUUGAUAGUUAAAGUGUCACAUAUUGGCAUUGGAUUCAAAUUUGCCUCCUUUUCUAAUAUGCUGUCAUUGUUGAAGGUGGGGACAAUCUUCUUUGUUUUGCAAAAGAUUUGUAGUCGCUUUGUGAUGAGAUCCUAGUUUUUUUUUAAGCUUUAGCUCAACAUCUUAGAGACUGCCAAUUCCUUAUUAUCACUCAUCGUACCUAAUUUAAAAUAUGAAUAAAUACAGUACUGUUAAAUAUAAACCUUAUUUGACCCUGGGUUGAAUGUAUUUAUGCAGAAUAUUUAAAUAGAGACCUGAUCUGAAACCAGUUUAUCAUUUUAAUGUUACUGACUCACAUUCUCAUCAGAUCCAAUUAAUUAUCUUACACCAGCAAUCCUGUUAUGUAAAGCUACAUGCAUUUAGUCCUUGGUGCUUUGACUUUUCUAUUGGAUGUAACAUUUUGUCAGUGCCCUUUUGCCUUCUGUUAGAGAACAUUGUCACUACAUCAUUAAAUGGAUUCUAUCAUUACUGGCUAGCAAUUUGGUGAAUUAAAAUACCGGAUCACCUUGUCUCACCUGGGCUUCUUUUGCCAGUUUCUCCCUCUCUCUCUCUCUCUCUCUCGCUCUCUCGCUCUCGCUCUCUCUCUCUCUCUCUCUGCCAGUGGAGACAAAGUGACCAUUCCUCACACUGAGCCAUUAAUGUGGCUUGAUUGAAAUUCAGCAUCUUGCUUUUAAUCUCCAAAGUGAUGCGGCAGCGAUGCGUCAUUAUUGAGAAUCUAACGCGUUGUCCUCCCAUCUCUCAACCUGGCCAUCCGGGCAGCCGCUCGCCCCUCCGACUUAAUGUGCCAAGAAAGCAAGACAAAACUGUGAUUAACGCCAAGUCACUCUGCCUGCUGUCCUGCUCUGAGAAGAGCCAAUGUCACUGUCCACUUGCUUGCUCACAGAGGGUACAAAAAGGAAAAUAUGGAGACAAGGAUAGAACAAAAGUCUGUUGUUGCAGUGGGAUCAAUCAUCAGCCUCAGUUUCCAUACACUUUGGGUGUGUGUGUCUGAAAACAGGUAGUGUAACCGUGUUGUAAAUCAUUUCCAAUCUCUGUAUUUUGUAUUCCCCUGUGCCCAUGUUUUUCAGAGCUGAUACCCUGAGCUUCAAAUACUCAAAUAUGUGCAAAGCAAGGGAUUUAAGGAGAAAACAAUCAGCCAGUCUGAGUGGCAUGAGUCUAUGUCAAACAGGUUUGUAAUGCCCCACAGCCAUCCACGUCCACUUUCGUGUGUUUAUUCUGUUGUCUUGUAGUUGUUGUUGUUGUAUUGCUCAAAUUCUAAGGACCAACAAGGACAGUGCUGAAAACCCCAUAGUAUAAGGAGUGAAUUAAAUGGUAAAAUGAUGUUGGUAGUGCAGUAUGACCUUCCUAUGCUCCAAUAGGCCUACCUUACACUCCUCCCACACGUGCUUUGCCCAAUUGUCUGCAUUUGUGAGACGGGGAGUCUGAAGCUUGUUUCCCACUGGCCUUGAAAGAGAAAAAAA